AGUACGCCUGUUACUUUGGUAUUUUAGUUCACUGGCGGCAACAUUGGUAUUUAAAUUAUUGCUUUAUAUUUGUUUACAUUCUGCAUUCGUCAAUUAACUUAAAUAAGUUAUUUGUUGAGCAAUGUGUGGACGCACCUGCUUAACUCUAGACCCUGAUCAGGUAAUUUGUGCCUGUAAAUAUCCCAAGAAAACUACCAGAAAGGAGACCGAUUCCAAAGAGAAAGAUUAUUUCAAGGAUGAGAAAGGAUCGGAAAUGGAGACUCCAGAGUGGCGGGCGGAGUUCAACCUGGGAAGACGCUACCAUGCCUCCUAUAACAUUGCGCCCACCGAUAUAACGCCGGUGAUCGUAUCUGCAGCUCAUUUCUCAGACGCCGAGGAUCAAAAGUGCGCCCGCGUUGUAAUGCCCAUGAUGUGGGGCAUGAUUCCCUUCUGGCACAAGGGUGACUACCGGCGGCAUGGGCUUACCACCAACAAUUGCCGGCUGGAGCACCUGAUGGACUCCAAGCUGUAUCGAGGUCCCUUCAAGCGCGGACAGCGCUGUGUAGUUAUUUGCGAAGGAUUCUAUGAGUGGCAGACGGCUGGACCAGCGAAGAAGCCUUCGGAGCGAGAGGCUUACCUGGUAUUCGUACCACAGGCGGAAGAUGUGAAGAUCUACGACAAGAGCACGUGGUCGCCGCAGGAUGUGAAGCUUUUGCGAAUGGCUGGACUCUUUGACGUCUGGGAAGAUGAAAGUGGCGACAAGAUGUACAGCUACAGUAUCAUAACCUUCCAGUCCAGCAAAAUCAUGUCCUGGAUGCACUAUCGCAUGCCAGCGAUCCUGGAAACCGAGCAGCAGAUGAAUGAUUGGCUGGACUUUAAGCGAGUAAGCGACACUGAAGCCUUGGCUACAUUGCGUCCGGCUACCGAAUUGCAGUGGCAUCGAGUGACCAAGCUGGUCAACAACUCGCGAAACAAAAGUGAGGAAUGCAACAAACCGAUCGAAUUGGCGGCAAAGCCCGUGAAGCCACCGAUGAACAAAACGAUGAUGUCUUGGCUGAAUGUCCGUAAGAAGCGGGAAGAACAGAUCAAAGCGGAACAGAGUGACGCCAGUGAUGGGGAGAAUGAGGAAAAAGAAGGUGUAACCAAACGACGGACCUCCGCUGACGGUUCACCCGUUGACAGUCCCGCCAAGCGACCUAGAUUCAGGGACUUUAAGAACGAAGCUCUUGAGCGGAGUGGCGGCAGCAGCGAUUGUGAGGUAAAAUCGGCCGAAAGAUAAGCCUCAGCAGUAAUUACACUUCCAUAGUUGUAGUACAUUAAGUUUAUUUUCAUUAAAAACCAAAAUUUUUAUUCUCAAUACCCAAA